CCUUCGUGAAAACGCAGCCUUCCCACCGGUUACAGUGCCCUCCUCACCCGAGGCCCAGGCUACGGCUGCCUUCCCCCAGCCGAGCCCGCCAGGCGGCUCUCUCUCCGGGACCCAGGCCAGAGCGGGCGCAGGCGCGGAACGCGGCCUGCGGGCGGACCCGGGCAUGCCCCGCUCUCGCUGGGCUGGGACAGCGCCCGGCGGCUCGGUUUCACUCCCGGGACAGAAUGGGGACACGGGGCAUGGGUAUGGCCUUCCGUUGGGACCCGGGAAGCGUCUAGGGAGCCUGAGGGGGAGCUUGAGGUUUCCAAGGGGAAGUCGGGAAAAACACCCCCAUGUCUGUCAGCGGGCUCCCUGCCCCGCCGCGGCCUCGGCGCUCCCGGCAGCCUUCCCUCCAAACGCCCUCCCCACACAAACACACACAAACACACCCAUACCGUGCGCCGCAGCCUCGCGUGGCGGGGUGGGAGAAAAGGCGGCGGCUUCCUUCCGGGCCGGAAGUCGUGCUCCCGAGAAACGCUUCCUUCCCACCGGAGACUCCACAGAGCGGGUUCACAGGUCGCCGGGGAAGCUGGCAGGUGCAGGAAGGAAGCCGGCACUCUUCUGAGAGAGAAGCCGGACGGCCCAGCUGAGGAGCUUGUCCGGCACCGGUGGAAUGAUCCCGGAACUGGAUAUAAAGACGCAGCUCCACUUUGCACUCACCGGACCCAGUUAGAUGUUGUACCCGGCCUGGUUACCAUGGUAACGGGAGUCGCGGUUUGUCUCCGAACUGAGUGAAGAGGACAAGUCAGCCAAUAUCCAACUAUUUGAACAAGAUCACCAAGAAAAACAAGACUUAAAGGGACCUUUCUGCUCCCACUGUGUUUGUGAAGACCAGAGACAGGGGCAGGUUCUAGAGGCCUUUCUCAUUACCAGUCAUGAAGGCAUCCUCAAAGGGUCUUCUCACCCAGAUUUCUCAGUUCUGGAAUAUGCUCGAUGAUUUGGCUGAAAAUGAUCCUGAGCGCUACAAGAACUUCAUUGAGCAGGAGCUGAAAGAUGGAAAACAGCUCUGUGUCGACCCAGAACCACAACUCUGCCUACAGACCAAGAUUCUAAACCCAAAAGAAAAAAUACUUUUUAUCAACCUAUGCCAAUGGAAAAGGAUCCCGGCUCCCCAAUCAGCCACUCAUCCUGUACCCAUACGUGUUGGCAGACCAGAAGAUUUCACUGAGGCAUCAGGUUCCUAUACAGUUAUUGAUGUUGCCUACAACCCUGGUGUUCUGCAAGCAGCAGAAAAAGACCAAGAAAUCAAAGAUCAGUUAAUAAAAAUGGCCAUUCAUUGCAUUGAGGAGCGACUCCACUUCACACUCGCACAUUCAUACCACGUUACUAGCUUUAAAAUAAAAGGAAACAUUCAGAGAAUGAAAGAAAAUCUUAUGGGCAUUAAAACUGACUUCACAGGCUUCAAAGAGAUAAUGAGAACAGGAGAUGCUCUUGAAAAGAUCAGGAGCAGUGCUGAGAGUGAACUGGAUCACCUUCCUCAGGUGCUAUUGACAAAAAAUCAAGCAUCGGGCAAAGGACGGUGUCUUAUAGAGGAGAUUUCUAGUUCCGAAAUCCAGGUGGAAGUUAAGAAACCAGCCUAUGAAUUAAAGGUUGUAAAGGAUCAGAAUGAGAAACCUCUGAAAAUUGAACUGAAAAUCCAGUUACCUGGGAUUAACUCAGUCUCCCUCUGUGAGCUUAGUGUUUCUGAGGUUGACUUAUUGAUUGAGGUCUCUGAGAAGUACCGAUUAUACCUGAAUCUUCCAGAAUCGGUUAAUACAGAAAUGACUACGGCAAAAUUUGUCAGAAAUAAAUCCGUACUAUUCAUUACUAUGCCGCUGGCAUGAAAAGAGAGCACCUUGUGUUCUCACUGUUGCAGCUCAUGUCAGUUACAGGACCUACGCUGUGGGUGGGGUCAUGGGUUUUUGUUGUUUGUUGUUGUCUGAGACAGGG